UCUCGGACUAUAAAUACCACCUCCUUCUCCGUCCGCUUAAUAUUGAAGACUGACGUGCGAAGUGACAACACCGACUCACCGGAAAACAAACACAAAAGACCUGCAGUUGAAGUAUGGCUCGUACCAAGCAGACCGCUCGUAAGUCCACCGGAGGAAAGGCGCCCAGGAAGCAGCUGGCCACCAAGGCAGCGAGGAAAAGCGCGCCAUCUACGGGCGGAGUGAAGAAGCCCCACAGAUACAGGCCUGGAACUGUUGCUCUGCGUGAGAUCCGUCGUUACCAGAAGUCUACUGAGCUGCUCAUCAGGAAGCUGCCUUUCCAGCGCCUUGUGAGAGAAAUCGCUCAAGAUUUCAAGACAGAUCUGCGUUUCCAGAGUGCAGCUAUUGGGGCUCUGCAGGAAGCCAGUGAGGCGUACUUGGUUGGACUGUUUGAGGACACCAACCUGUGUGCCAUUCACGCAAAGAGGGUCACAAUCAUGCCCAAGGACAUUCAGCUGGCCAGGCGAAUUCGAGGAGAGCGUGCAUAAAUGAUCAAUUGGAUUUUAUCUUUUUAGUAGGGGGUGGGUGGGUGGGUCGGACUGGGGUUUGUUUUGUUAAUCUUGGAACUAUUACCAGCAUGUGUACCACCUAAUUUGUCAUGUGUAGUUUCAGGCAUGUUUUCUUUUUGUACUUAAUUUUACUCUUGACUGUCCUAUUUACUGUAGCGUAGAGCUUCAUUUCUGUAAUUGCUGAAAAACAAUACUCCACUGCCUUUCUCAGGUUUGCAAAUCUAUUUUAGAAUCCGUACCAUUUAAUCCUGUGUGCAUGUCAUGGGAUUGCUUGUUGUGCUGUAAAUAAACUUUCCGCUACCUCAAAAUA